AUGGCCGAACCACAGCCAGAUCACUCACAACCACCCCCCGCGACUCUGACAAAUCCCCGAUUCACCCUCGAGCUUGAAUUCGUCUCCUCUCUAGCAAACCCCUACUACUUAUCACACCUCGCGGUCAAUUAUCCAACCCUUCUGGGAAUCUCCAGUUCGCAUGACGAGAGUGACGCGAACGAUGACACUUCAGAUCCAGACGCCAAAGCCUUUGCAGCCUACCUUGCCUACCUCUACUCCUACUGGAAGACGCCUGAGUAUUCCCAGUUUCUGACCCAUCCCGGUGCAACCUUACGUGCGCUACAGCUUCUCCAAGAAGAUACUUUUCGUCGUGACAUCAUCCGCCCUCAAGUGAUUGAAGGUUUGGCGGGGAUCGGCCUCAACAACGACCAAGGUGGGGAACAAGAAGGGGAACAGGGCAAUCAGGUCGAUGCCGAAAAUAAUAACCCCGAAACUUGA